AUGGCCCCUACCCACAUCCUGGUGACUCGAGCAGGUCCGUGCUACGAUUCUGUGAAGACACCUGUAACAGUGGCAGAGCUGAGUAUCUCCACGCUAGGGUACGACUCGUUGCUAAGCGGAGAGUUCAAUAUUAGCGAAGAUAUCGAUAAUGGGUGGAAGAUAAAGGCUACAAUGCAGAAAUGCGUGGACAUUCGUAACAUGGAGUCGUGUGACUUCCUGAGGUCGUUCGACUUGGUGAAGAGCGGCUGUGCUGACGACGACAAUGAACAGGGAUUGUACCGUAUGCUAUUCCACUAUGCACACCCAAAGCUAAACUGUCCUGUACAGGCCGGUCGCUAUAGGCUGGUAGACUUUCCACUCUUUACCGAGGACAACGACCUUGUGGUGCCAGAGUCCAAGAUAUCCACCAGUGUCUUUGGAUACACGUUCAGACUGGAUGGUUUUAUUGAAAAACCACGUCGACAGAUAUUCUGCGUAGAAGCACUGUUGCAGUUGUUAUACAUAAGAAAGCACAACUGGAUAGAGAGGAAACAUAUUAUUAAGGAGACUACUCUAAGGCCACCGACCAGGGUCAGUGAAGAAGAAGAAGAUGAAUAAAUACCAGUACAAAGAAACAGGGAGACAAUCCUUCGACAGAGCGUUUAAAAACUUUUCCAAUAUUAUAAAAAAAAUCU